CCAAGACUACAGGGAAUGCGUUUGCCUUGCGCCCCUCGUGCCCCCCCCCCGCCUGCAAGGGGGGCAGAAAGGGGGUGGCCGCCGCCGCGCCGCUAUUCGUUGCCACUGCAUUGAGGGGAGCCCUGCCAAGGAGGCGGCGGCGGGUUAAUGCGAGAGCCGCCUGUCUGCCCGCACCUUACUGAAGCAGGAAUCUGAAUAGUUGCUGCCUGCAGGGCUGGAACUGAAGGCUGAACACGGUCGGGAACAUCGGCGGGCGGGGGAGAGAGGAGGCGGCGGCGGCGAAAAGCCAGCGGGGGAUUCCACACAGAGCCCUUGCUGCUGCUUGCUGAGACCCCACCCUGCUCCCUCCCGCGGGACGCGCUCCAGCCCGGCCGGGACAGGCAGCUGCGCGCAGGCAUGCGGGGCUUUCCGCGGUGCGGAGCUGGCGGCAGGAGCCUCCGCUACCAGGGCACCUGGGCUUGAUCCGAGGCGGGGCAAACACGCACCCCUCGCCAGACUGAUUCCUCCAGGCUCCCGGGAUCAAAAGGGGCCCGGCUCCCCCUGGCAGAGACGAUGCAGGUGGUGGAAGGCGGGCCCUCGAAGGAGGGGGGCGCCGGUCUUUGGCGGAGAGGCGGCCCCCCGUGGGGCAGCAGCAGCAGAAGAGGCUGGAAGCGGGAGCCACCUUGCCCGCAGCCCCUGAGCGCCUGCUGGUGCAUCUUCCCGGGGAGGUUCCUCUUUCUCCUCCUCACCUGGUUGACCUUCUCAGGUGCCGUUCAGGGGACAGACAGCGGGGUGCUGGGGCUCGGCCUGGCCCCCCAGCCCCGCCACAGGCGCCAGCUGGGACACGGGACCUGGACGCACUGGGGCAGCUGGAGCGCAUGCUCGAGUUCGUGUGGGGACGGCGCCUCCCUCCGCUCCAGGAGGUGCAUCCGGUUCCCUGAAGAAGAGAUGUGCCGAGGGAAGCCCAGGCAGUAUCGAGUAUGUGAACUGGAUGACUGCCCCGCUGGCUCCACCCCCUUCCGGGCCAUCCAGUGCUCUCUCUAUGAUGGGAAGCCCAUCCUGGAGAGCCAGACACCGUAUCAGUGGGUCCCAUUCCAUGGAGCUCCCAACCUCUGCGAUCUCAAUUGCCUGGCGGUGGGACACAAUUUUUACUACACCUUCGGAAGGGUGUUAGAUGGGACCCGGUGCAGCCCAGAGUCUCGAGAUCUCUGCAUCAACGGCCGGUGUCUGAAAGCGGGUUGCGAUAGGAUCCUGGGUUCUGACGCCCAGGCGGAUGCUUGUGGGGUCUGCAACGGCCAGAACAAGUCCUGCAUCUUCAUCCAGCAAGUGUUCCGGGGGGCGUCCCCCUCCUCUGGUUUCUUUGGCUACAAGAACGUGACCCGGAUCCCAGCAGGAGCUAGGCACAUCAAGGUGACCGAUCGCAGCCGCAACUAUCUGGCUCUGAUGAAUGCAAACCAGCGCUACGUCAUCAACGGGGACUGGGCUAUUGACUGGCCAGGAGAGUAUGAAGUGGCCGGCACCAAAGUGCGCUACACUCGCACGGCCGAUAUGCACGAAAGCUUUGAGGCUGUUGGCCCCACCCAGGAGGAUUUGCUAGUCAUGGUUCUUUUCCAGGAGCACAACCCAGGCAUUGAAUACCAGUUCUGGCUGCCAAGAGAACAGUUCCGGCACAUCCAGAGCGAUGCCAGCCCCCUGCGCCAGCCACAGACCAGGGAGGUCGAGGGAGACCCGCCACGGGGGGAACCCCGUCCUUUACUGCAGGCCACAGCAGUGCCCCACUUCCAAAAUGCCAGGGCUGCAGCCAGGAAGACACCACAGGUGUGGCCCACGCCUCCCCCAGCCAGGGCACCCACACAACCAGGAAGAUGUGGGAAGUGUGACACACCCAAGGGCAAAUCCCAGCGCAUCCACCAUUACUGCCAGAGCGACUUUGUUUUCCGCGCCCGAAUUCUCACCAAGCGCUACAUUGGCCUGGAGACGCGCUACGACGUCCAGGUCAAGCACACCUACAGGAACCGCUUCCCCAUCGUGCACCGGGAGUACGUCUGGGUCUCCAACACCUGCGACUGCCCCCUGCUGGCGGAGCAGCGCGAGUACGUCCUGAUGGCCCGUCGGCACGUCAAUUAUGAACACACCCUCAACCGCAUCCUGCUGCAGCACGGGAGCUACGCCCACCCAUGGUCGCCCCGGGAGGACAUGCUGCUGCGGGAGGUGCCCAAGCGCUGUCCACAUAGCUGAACCCGGCCCCUGCUUUCGGGAUGGGGAUCUGCUGUGACAUCGGCCAUCUUGGAGAGGGUGGAGACCACGAGGGGGUGUGGGAGGGAGCUGGAUCCUGGCUCAUCAUCACCCCCUCAAAGCUGUGCUGUGCAGAUGGCCGAGGGGCUCUGGAAUUUGGCCCUUAUCAGCCUCCUCACGUCCUGUGGGCCAAGCCACUGGUCCAUAGGCCCAACUUUGUAGCCACUCUGGACUGUCGGGCUCCUGUAUCAGUGUGAGUGUUACCUUGAGGGAACGGAGAGUCACCCGUGGACACAAACACAGAAGCACACCAAGUCCUGUGAAGUCCUUUAGGUAGAGAACUGCUCAGGGCCAGAUGAAAGGAAUUGGGAGCAGAAGAAGAGGUGGAUGUGGGUGGGCCCAGCUGCUUCUGGGAAGCCCAUCACCAGGGCAGGAAAGCUACAGCCCUUUUGCACUGCUGUAGCAAAACUAGCAUCCAGAGAUAGACUGUGCCUGAGCAUGGAGGUUCCACUUUGUUACCAGAGAUAACAGCCACUGGUGGUCCUCUUGUCUGCCAGGAAUUUUUCUAAUCGCCUUUUAAUAUGAAGAAGCCCUUCAGGAUCUGACAGCUCCGUCCUUUUCCCAACAGAGAAGCCGACAAGUGGCCUGAAGGCAACAGCCCUCCCCGCCACCCCAACUCCGCACAAAGGAUAUUCAGAGGCAGACUGCCCUUGAACCUGGAGGCUCCAUUUAGCCAUUGUGACUAACUGACAGGUCUCUCUUCCACUAUGAAUUUGUGUAAUCCCCUUUUAAAGCCAUCAAAGCUGAUGGCCAUGCCUUGUGGCAAUGCGUUCAUAAAUCUGUCGUGUGAAGAA